UCCUCGAGGAUCAGGACGAUCGCUGUCGAAACUUUAUUUCCGUCUGUUCUUCCCAUCGCAUUGUCUCCCUCCCUCCCUGUUACUGCUCGUCCAACUUUAUCAGAGUGGGCCUCUUCCCGCCGACAGAAAGAUCGUCGCCCACGCGACAUCUGGAAAAUCCCCGGGGUCCUUUCCAGCUCGGUCUGGCCAUUGUGGGACCUUUUUUUCGCUCCUUUUUCUUUUCCUCUCAUCGUUUUUGAGACGAUAUAUGCACUGGCAAAUGCGCUGCCUUGAGUCGUGUAAGUUUUCAAGCCCUCAAGC